CCUGAGAAAUAUUCAAUUUCCUAUUGUUGCAGUGUCUUCCACAUUGCGUGGCAGGUUACCGUCUGGUGUCGGUUGAAGCAUUGUCUGAUCGAGGAGCGAAAAUCUUCUAUAAACAGGGUAACCUCAGGAGAUCGUUUUGGGGGAGAAAGAAAGCAGUGAUGUCUCGAGCAAGCGUGGCGCCCCUGUCGCUAGACCCUAAGCAUGUGUCCUGCAUCAGGGGCAGAACCGUUGUGACCUGCAGUAUGUGUGCAGGAAAUGCGCCAAGAGACUCCGUCUGCUCACGCUGCGACGGACACGGUUUCAACGUGUUCAUCUGCGCAACGUGCAAUCCAACGGCGGUCACCGCCGCUUCGUCCGCAAAAGGUGCAGCUGUGACCAACACAUCUUCUUCGGCGACAUCCGCUGCAUCAUCUGCGGCGGUCUCUACGUCUUCUUCUCGUGGGGCGUCUGUGUCUGGUUCACCGUCCAAUUCCAUUGGAGCUGGGGCUAGUACUCGAUCCUGGGGACGAUCGGACAGGAGAGAUGGGCACGGUCCGGGUGGGAUUGGGACGAGGUCAUCGAGGGGCGUUUGAAAGAUUCUCUUAACUCACGUAUUUUCUACUUCACUACUAGUCUAGGGGGUGUUAAUUGGUGUUGGUGUUUAAUGUGAGGGCUAUAUAUAUAUGUUUUUGUGAGAUAUGAGAGACUUAUACAAUACAUGCGAGUACACACCUCUCCGGUUUCUUAAUUCGUUCGAAUAUCGACUAUUGCCGGUCAUUGUUGACAGCGCCAGUUCUGAAUAAGAAUUUUA